UCCCCGUCCUCAUCCAGCGGAAGGCAGCUGUGCCAGCUCAACUGCUCGAACCAGCAGGCGUGGGAAUCUGGGCAGCGGAGCGGAGAAGAGGAGGCAGGCAGCGGUCUCGGCCAUGGCGAGCUCUUCCGACCCCGACAAGCUCAUGAGCAAAGCCGACAAACUAACAAAAUUAAGUUUUACAAGGUGGAAUGCUGAUUGGAAAAGCGCUACUUCCUUGUAUGAGCAAGCUGCAAUUGCUUAUAGGUUCAGAAAGGACAAUGAGAAAGCAAAAGAUGCGUUUGAGAAGGCCUCAAAAGGACAGGAAAUGAUCUCCUCACCAUGGGAUGCUGCUAAGCAUAUGGAAUCUGCUGCUGCUUUAGCAAAGGAUCUUGGACGCUGGAAUGAAGUAUCUGAUUUCUAUCACAGAGCUUCAGAAUUAUACCGUGAAUGUGGAAGGUCACAACCUGCAUCCGAUGCUCUAGCAAAGGGUGCCAGUGCAUUGGAGGAGAAAUCUCCAGAAGAAGCUAUUAAAAUGUAUGAUGAGGCUUGUUCAGUUCUAGAAGAAGAUGGGAAGGAACAGAUGGCUUUUGACUUGUAUCGUGCUGCAGCAGCUUUGUACAUCAAGAUGGAGAAGUAUUCAGAUGCCGCUGCCUUCUUUUUAAGACUUGGUUCAUCUGCUGAUAAGUGCAAUGCCAUCAAUAGCCAAUGCAAGGCUUAUCUGAGUGCGAUCAUCGUCUAUCUUUAUGCACAUGACUUUCAGCAAGCUCAGAAAUGCUACAAUGACUGCUCAGAGGUUCAAGCCUUCCUCAAUAGUGACCAGAAUCGAUGCGCAACAAAACUAUUGUCUGCUUAUGAGGAAGGUGAUGCGGAAGAAAUCAAACGCAUUGCUCAAUCAAGUGCCUUCAAUCACCUUGACCAUGUGGUAAUUAGGCUUGCACGGAAGCUACCGACAGGUGAUCUGCAGGCCAUUAAGAAAGCUGAUGAUGGCGAGGAAUCCUUGGACGAGGAUGACCUAACUUAAAACAAUCUCCCGAGCCAAAAGACGCAGAGAGCAAACGAGCGAGGGGACACUCAUAGUUUGCCAUCGGUGAGCGGGAAUGGGAACAGUUGUAAAAAGAAGUUAUGCGAGUUAUAUACAAACUUGUGGGCAGCAUUCCCGCAUCUAUAUCUAUAACAUGGAAUUUGUAGGGCUCAAUCUGCUGUAUCUGUAGUGGUUGUUUGGUGUUACUGAGACUUUUUCAUUGAUAUGUGUAUGGUGCCCUGUGCUAUAUGAUUCUUGCAAAUCCAGCAUGAUGUAUAAAAAUUGGACAAGCAUAUA